GGGAAUUCAUACUUCAUGCAGUGUUUAUAUGUGUGUGUGCGUGUGUGUCUGUUAGGUAUCCUUGAAUACAGUGAUGACACGGCAAUGGCACGGUGUGUGGUCCAGUCUCUACUCACCCGUGCUGGCUUUGAUGAGCAGGACAUGGCUCGCAGGUUUGCUAAGGAGUACAGUGCGUCCCCGGGUCGUGGUUAUGGUUCUGGGGUGAUCCAGGUGUUGAAGAAGCUGUCCUCUCCUCAGCUCAGUGAUGUCUACCAGCCGGCAAGGGACCAGUUUAAUGGUCGAGGCUCCUUUGGGAAUGGGGGAGCCAUGAGGGCGGCCCCCUUCGCACUGGCUUUCCCUGGUCCAGCUGAUGUUAAAAGGUUCGCCCGUCUGGGUGCCAUGCUGACCCACUCCUGCUCUCUGGGUUAUAACGGGGCAGUGCUGCAGGCGUUAGCUGUUCACCUCUCCCUGCAGGGGGCACUAGACAUGCCCCAGCAGUUCAUCAGCAGGCUAAUCACAGAGAUGGAGGAAGUGGAGGGCGACGAGGCGACGCGCAAUGAUGCCAGAAUCCUAAAAGAAGCAGAGAAGCCAUUCUGUGAACGCCUGCACAGAGUUAGAGACCUGAUGGACAGGAGCAAGGUCAGCAUAGAGGAGGUCAUUUCUGAGCUGGGUAACGGCAUUGCGGCGCUCCACUCGGUCCCCACCGCCAUCUUCUGCGUCCUCCACUGCCUGCAGCCCCGUGAAUGCCUUCCAGAAAACUAUGGCGGCCUGGAGAGGACAAUCGCGUACAGCCUGGCUCUGGGAGGGGACACAGACACCAUAGCCUGCAUGGCAGGGGCCAUCGCCGGGGCCCACUAUGGCAUCGAGGCUAUUCCUCAGUCGUGGAUAAAGUGCUGCGAGGGGGCAGAGGACGCGGACAUGAACGCAGAGCGACUUCACAUGCUGUACCACCGGUCGUCACAGGGAGGCGGGAGUGGGACAGGAGAGCAGAGCUGUGAAGGAGCAUCUAAAAGCCAGUCAAACGCUUCUAACGGCACAGAGAAGAAAACUGGAGUUUGACAAUAAGGACUCUUGAACACACACACACACACACAAAUUACACACUUACACUUAAUAAAUACCUUUUUGUUUUCGGACUGUGUUGGUUUAAAGGGAGCUUGUGAUUAAGGGCAACAUUAGUUUACUUGUCAUAACAGCUCAUUAUUUGAGACCCUACCCCUCCCAGCGUGCAAAAAAAAAAAAAAAAAGAAGCUAAAUUGUGAAUCUGAACAAACAAGAAACACGUGUCACCAGACAGACUAGAUUGACUGUCCUACAGAAAUUUGGUCUGUAUGCAUGCACACACACA